AUGGUAGGUGCAUUGAGAUAUCUCUGCAACACUAGACCGGAUAUUGCCUUCUGUGUUGGUGUUAUCAGCAGAGUUAUGGACAGGCCUAGAGUAUCACAUCUCAUGGCAGCUAAGAGGAUCAUGAGAUAUUUGAAAGGAACUAUGAGCUAUGGAAUUCUGUUUCCAAGUAAGAGCAGUGAGAAUAUGAAGGAAUUGUAUGGUUACACUGAUGCAGACUGGUGUGGAGGUAAGAAUGAUAGAAAAAGCAUUGCUGAUUUUGUGUUCUUUGCAGGAACAACACUUGUGUCAUGGUGUUCAAAAAAGGAAGUUGUAGUUGCACUGUCAUCAUCUGAAGCAGAAUACAUUGCUUCUGCAAUGGGUGCCUGUCAAGUAGUGUGGCUUGAUACUUUAAUGCUUGAACUCAAGAUGAAGAAGGAAAAUGCAGUAGAGUUGUUUGUUGACAACAAAUCAGAAAUAAAUCUUGCCAAGUUUCCAGUAGCACAUGUAAGAUGCAAGCAUAUAGAGACACGAUAUCACUUCCUUAGAGAUCAAGUUACUAAGGGAAAACUCAAAUUGAGCUACUGUAGAUCGGAGGAUCAAUGUGCUGACAUUUUUACCAAGUCCCUCAAGAAGGACAACUUCAAGAAAAUGAGGAACAAUCUGAACAUGAUUGAUUGUAGAAAACUAGAUUAA